AUGGUAUCCACAAUAUUUCCCCAUCAAAUUCUCCAAACCUCAAGUGCGACGAUCACGACUUGGCUGCCGUUAUCUACAGCAUGGCCUUCUACAGCAGCGUGUUCGAGUCUGGUAGUUUUUGGUUCCGGGAAUGAUGCAAGGAAGCUCUUUGGAUGGGAUCCCUUGUAUCAAGUUGUUCGUGACACAGGUUCUCCCAGAUGUUUCGCCGACGAAAUGGCGAGUUGGUGGCUCGAACUAUCGAGUGUCACGAUAUCAUUGGGACCAAAUUUUAAUUGUCCUGCUGCGUAUAGCACCGUAGCAACUUCCGUCCAUAGUGCUGGAGUUACACAAGUCUUCUGUUGUCCCACCGACUAUAAACUCUCAGUUCUAAUUCCAUCCCACUCCUACGGCGACUACCCCACCCAAUGCAUGUCAACUCUCAAACCAGGAGAUGUACUUAAAUAUCAAACUCCCACCGACGGCAUCUACCAACCUGCCAGUUCAACCGUCAGCGAUACAGUAUUUGUCUACGGUGAACACAUCAACGGAUGGAACAUCGACGAUGCACUUUUCGCCUCCAUGACUGGCGGUUCACAAUCUUCAUCAAACACCGCAUCAACUACCUCGACUACUCCAACCACCACCACAAGUUCCUCCACAAAUGGAGAAGGCUUAGCCACCACCAAAACCCUAGAAUCUGCAACCGCCUCCUCAACCCCAAUAACCAGCAACAAAUCCAGCAAUACCUCCCCCGCACUCGCAGCUGGCGUAGGCGUCGCCGCAGCCAUCAUCAUCCUGGGUCUUGCGGCCGCUCUAUUUCUUUUCAUACGGCGACAACGACGCAAGAAGGAUGCCAAUCCCCACAUAAAUACCAUGAUGGAAAUAAAUUCCACCGAAACCUAUCCAUCUCAAUCCGCAUCCGCAUCCGCAUCCGUAUAUCACCCCAUCCACCCCGCAACCGAACUAUCCAACGAGCGACCUCUGCACGAAAUGGACGGAGGCAUACAUGUAGGAACAAAAGGAUACUAUGAUCCAACUCCGCGACUCAGACCACAACAUAUGUAUGAAAUGUGA